CGCUGGCGGUACUGCACGCAAAUAGAAGGAAAAUGACGGGCUUUCAUCGUUUGUUUAAGGUAGUUACGGGCGUUCGGGAAUUUUCAGCGGGCACGCGGAGACAGGAAAACGUGUUUGUACCCCAACGCGCACGCGUGGUUCGCCAGAUUCGGCGGUGUGUGCCUCUCGACGUCAUCACCUUGAGCUUUUAAAACCGGGGCACGCGGAGUCCAUCCGUUGCACAGAAACCCCGGUCACCGACGCAAGACGCCGGUCGCAACACUCGCACGGCGGGGCCGGAACACAGAGCGUCGAACCAGCGCCCUGCACAUCGAACAACAUGACUGCUGGGAAUCUCCGCAGGCGGCUGACCAUGCUGGUAGGCGUCGCCAUUUUGUACGUGGUUGCCAUGGCAGCAGGGGCGGCUGCGCUCGCGGUGACCGACGUCCGGCCGUCCAUCGAGCAAGCCGAACAGCGGGCACGCGAGCUGACCGAGAUACUGGCCAGCCUCAAGACCACAAUUCUCCCUCGGCACUGCACCGACCUUCUCGGCGCUGGACAGCGCUCGAGCGGAGUGUACACAGUGUUCCACAAGGGUGCCGGUCCUUCCGGACAGAGCGUCUACUGCGACAUGGACACUGAUGGCGGUGGCUGGACGGUCAUUCAGAGGCGAGGCCAGUUCGGCAACAGAGCGUACCACUUCUACCGCAACUGGACCGAAUACGCUCGAGGCUUCGGUGAUCCAUCUGAGGAGUACUGGAUUGGCAACGACGCGCUUAAUGCGCUGACGUCGAGCGACCAGACCAUGGUUCUGCGUGUGGUCCUGAGUAACAGCACGGACGACAGUGCAUCGGUCGACUACGAUAGCGUUCGGGUAGAACCCGAGCGUAAUCUUUACAGAAUACACCUCGGAAAGUUCGCCGGACCUGAAGGUUGGGACUCCAUGGCGAUAUCGAACGGCCAGAACUUCUCCACGUACGACCGGGACAACGAUCUGUGGCCCCAGAACUGCGCCUCGACUUUCCGUGGCGCCUGGUGGUACAACAGCUGCCACUCGGCCAACUUGAACGGCCUCAACCUGAACGGGCCGCACGAGAGCUUCGCCGACGGAAUCGAGUGGAGUCUGCGAGGCUCCUCGGUCCCGCUCCACUACCACUCCUACCCCAGCGUUAAGAUGAUGAUACGACCAGUGGAAAUGCCGCGUUUCUUGCUGCGCGAGUAACCUGGAGGCCACCCGAACAGAGCCGCCCUCUGCGUCAUCAGAAAACCCACGAUCCCCCUGUCACUUUCACAUCAUUCGAAGGACGCUAAAUAUAAGGAUUACGCUCGA